AUGGGCAAAUUGCAAACCCUUCUAGAGGAGUUUAAAGCAGCAUUCAACAGCGACAAUGUGGAAGCUCAGCUUCGAAUACACGAAAAAAUUGAAAAAUAUCACAAUCAGCACCCCAAUCUCAAAAAAACUUCACAAAAAUGUGUUGAGUACAAAAAAUUCCUCGAAGAGACAGAUUGCUUCGAUAUGUGCCUAGAACUACUACUAAACAGCGGCUGAGAUCUAGAAUACGAAGGCAGUGAGAUUCUCGUCGAAAGUCGAGGUUCUGGUGCAGAUUUCAUGUCGAGGGCAAGUCUCGUGAUUAAUGCUCCACUUUUAUCCACAAUAUCAGUCAUCACUGAAGUUGAUUUACUGAGUACAUGGUAUUUUCUAUAAAGGGUCCAAGUUUUAAAUGGAGUCGAGACAAUUGCAGAGCCCACAAAUUCACGAAAACUCGGCUUUUAUAAUUUUUGGUUUCCAUGGCCUCUCUCUGAUAGGCAGUGCGUGCUGGAAUUUAGCACGUAUCCUGUAAAAUCCGAGCAAGGAAUUCUGUUUAUGAUGAAAACCCCUGAAAACUCCAAGUAUUUAAAUAUAGGGCUUUACCUUGAAUAGCCCGAUAACGGGCUGGCUUCAUCCCGUUAUCGGGCUAUUCAAGGGAACGCCCUAUAUCGACAUUCCCGGCCCUGUCGAAGGCUUAGUUAGGAUGAAUAUUCCGAUCGGUGGGGUUUUUGUGCAAUAUAUUUCUCCUAUGCUAACUAAGGUUGUUAUUGUAGUGCAGGCGAAUGGAAAUAUUGUAAAUUUCUAUUUAGAGCUCAUUGCCGGACUGGUUAUUUAACUUCGGGACAAAGAGAAUCAUGUACUACCUGAUGGAUGCGCUCAGGAAUCAAAUUUUGAACUUCCAAGGAAGUGUUUACGAGAGAAGGGUCACUGAGAGAGAAGGAUACUAUAGAUUUCUUUGCCAGUAUAUACAACAAAACAUCGGAGAUUAA